AGGAGGCGAUCCUACUCUUUGUAGCCAAGACAAGCCAGGCCAGCGCCAUUGAGGUCGCGAAUAUUGAAUAUCAGCGAGAUGCGCGGUUGCGAGGAUAGCCCGGGAAACAUGAGUACCGGCUUGACGGAAUGGUUUAGAAAUGAGGUACACUUCUGGCGGUGCGUGCACGCUGUCCAGAUAGUUGUGGCCUUACAGUUCAUUCUCACCCCGGUUGCCUUGUUCUUGCUCCAGUUCAGCGUGUACUCCCCGUUCGACGGCUUCUCCGAUUGGCUGACAUCAUUCAUAGACUCGCCAUGGAGCCACAUCUGCCUUCUUGGUGCCGUAUUUGUUCUAGCAGUCUACCACGUCACCUGCGUAAACGUGGCACCUGUAAUACAUGUGACACGUCUGGCACAAGUUGUACACUUUGGUCACCCACGGAGCCAUGGUCAGGCCUUGCUGCGAGCUCUUGCUGGGGCUAUCUUCGUCCGUGCUAUGCUUGGUAUGUCAAACGGCCCAUAUGCUCGUGUGGACGUCCGCUGCACCCCAUCCUCUGAACUCGAGGAAUGCAUGAGUGAGGCGUACGUGUUUCUGGUGCUGCACGGAGCGUUCACAGCUGUCAGCCUGCACUUGAGCCAGUUGGCUGCCAAAGGGUCCUGCCUUGCAUUCCCACCGAUACAGGUGGUAUCUCUGAGAAGGCACCUGCACAUUAGUGCCACUGUGCGCCGAGCUGCGUGGGAGACCAUCAGGCACGCUUACAUCUAUUACCUGCUGUUCUUUUUUCUAGGUUCCUUUCUAAAAUAUUGGAUUUAUGGUGACAUGGAGCCGACCAUAUGGGUUGGUGGUCUGCAGACAGUAUGGGGUCUGAUUGACCUGCGGCUCUUCUGGGCAUUGGUGGUCACCGGCACUGCCCUCAGAACCGUGGACCAGCUGGCUGUACUGAUGCGAGACUACUUUCUCACUAAGGGCUACCAGUUUCCUGUCAUGGUUCAGUGUGAAGCGGACAGGCCCUUGCAGCUGUCGACGGCCAUGGCAUCACGUGGCUGUGCAUUUGUGCAGUACCUGAGCUUCCAGGACUUCCGGCACCUGGCUGAGCAUUCUGGAGCCCGCCGAGCACAGGUCUUCGCAGUCAGCACGCCCGGCUGCCACCCGCUGCACUGGGGUGCUCUGUGUGAAGCAUGCCUGGUGCUUGUGCGCCAAUUUUGCCAGGCCCUUGGGCAAGUGGAUAUCCCGCCACCGACGCGACCCACUAACCCCCCGCCUGGCACACCUCAAGCUCCAAAAACAACCGAGGGUGCUUCAUUCCUGCGUAUGCGGCCUCUGGCAGUGGCUACACCACCACCUGACCCUUUUCAAAUGAUGAGCCAGGUCCAGCCACCACCGCCUCAGCCAAAACUGUCAAUAGUAAGGCGGAUGCUGGAUGCCCUGAAAAGCAAUCCUUUAACAGCUUACUUCAUCUCGGAGUUGCCUGAUGUCAAGAGUAGGCAGCUGUUUGCCGAUUGCCAACCUCUCAUCUGGGCCAUUGAAGGUCUGUGCUUGCUGGUGUGUGCUUCCAAGACUGAAGACCAGUAUGGUGUGGUGCAGUUCAGCCUACCGAACAUAUUCAGUGCACUGCUGGAGCUGGAUCAGCUGCUGGAACGUCAUGGCAAGCGUUGCUCCAUCCUGCGUCGUCCCAACAGCAGCUCGGGCCGUGAGCUUCGUCUGGGAAGGGCCUUGGCAGCUUCGGUCUCAACUGGUCUUUACCAGAUGUCAAUCACAUUUAAACAGCACCUUCUGUCGAUAGACCUCACAACGGAAAGUAGGCGGCGCCUGAAGCAGUUUGAAGAUUUCAUUCGAUAACUCCAUUCUAAUACGAGCCUUUUGUCCGACAUUUCUUCCGGUGCCAACGAUCAUUGUCACUGCCAGAUUUUCCUGUCAUUUGUACAUAUGAAUGUUUUAUAUUUCUUACCUGCCUUUGUGUUACAAAAUAAAUAACUUAUACGUAACAAAACA